GCUUAGACAGUCAGCAAAACAUUCUUUGUUCUUGAGAAGUUGAGAUGAAUGCAUUGUGGGUUAUCUUAUCUGCUUCUUUUGUCCUCCUUCUUUCCGUAGCUUCAAUUCCUCUUCUCAACAACAAUGGAAAUUACUUGACAUACUUGCUGAACUGGAGAAGUUCACCAUUUUUAAGUGAAGUUGCAGAUUUGCUGGUGACAAAUGGGACCAUUUAUACCAGUGAUGAAGCUCUCCCUUUUGCUGAUUCUAUGGCUAUUCGUAAUGGCAGAAUUCUUCGAGUUGGGAAUUACUCUUCUAUAAAGGAAUUGGCAAGAACUUGGACCAAGGAACUAAAUCUAGAUGGAAAGAUUGUGGUCCCUGGAUUCAUUGAUUCCCAUGUGCACUUCAUCCCUGGGGGACUAGAGAUGGCACGAGUGGAGCUUCGUGGAGUAAAUACAAAAGAUCUUUUUGUGGACAAAAUUAGAAAAGCAGUUGCAAAUGUGAAACAAGGUUCUUGGUUACUGGGUGGCGGUUGGAACAAUGAUAUUUGGGGAGGUGAUUUACCAAUGGCGUCGUGGAUUGACAGUAUUACUCCUCAUAAUCCAGUCUGGUUAACAAGGAUGGAUGGUCAUAUGGGCUUAGCUAAUACAGUGGCUCUAACACUUGCUGGAAUUUCAUGUAACAAUGAGAAUCCAAAUGGGGGAGCUAUUGUUAGAAAUAAUGAUGGGGAACCUACUGGUCUGUUGAUUGAUUCUGCUAUGAAGCUUGUCCUUUCCCACAUCCCAGAAGCCACUGUUUACGAAAGGAGGGAAGCUCUUAAGAGAGCUAGCAAUCUUGCAUUAAAGAGGGGUGUGACAACAGUUGUGGAUUUUGGCAGAUAUUUUCCAGGGGCUUCACCUGAGCACUCGUGGGAGGACUUUUCAGAUGUAUAUAAAUGGGCAGAUUUAUCAGGAAAUAUGACGACCAGAGUUUGCUUAUUCUUUCCAAUGGAGACAUGGUCGCGGUUAGUGGAUCUUAUGAGCAAGUCAGGCCGCGUGCUGAGCCAAUGGAUUUAUUUGGGCGGUGUCAAGGCUUUUGCUGAUGGAUCUGUAGGAUCUAACAGUGCAUUAUUUCAUGAGCCAUAUGCUGAUGAUCCAAACAAUAAUGGGUUACAAGUGGUGGAUCUGGAUGGUCUUUACAACAUGACUCUUUCUUCAGAUAAAUUUGGCCUUCAGGUCAGCAUCCAUGCUAUAGGUGACAGAGCUAAUGACUUGAUAUUGGAUAUGUAUGCUUCUUUGCCGUCUGAGAAACAAAUUAGAGACCGACGAUAUAGGAUUGAGCAUGCUCAACAUUUGGCUCCAGGAACAGUAGCUCGUUUUGGUGAACUAUCUGUAAUUGCUUCAGUGCAGCCAGAUCACUUAUUAGAUGAUGCUGAUUCUGCAACUAAAAAACUUGGUUCUGAAAGGGCAGAAAGAGGAUCUUAUCUGUUUAAGUCACUCCUGACAAACAAUGCACAAUUGGCAUUCGGCUCAGAUUGGCCAGUAGCAGACAUUAAUCCAUUGAAAAGCAUAAGGACAUCGAUGAAGAGAAUACCUCCUGCUUGGGAAAAGGCUUGGAUUCCAUCAGAGUGCUUGUGUCUUGAAGAUGCGCUAAAAGCGUACACCAUUUCAGCUGCUCAUGCAUGUUUUCUUGAUAAAUAUGUUGGUUCAUUGUCUCCGGGAAAAUAUGCAGAUUUUGUGGUUUUGUCAACGAAUUCAUGGGAAGACUUUGCAACUGAAGCUAAUGCUGAUGUUGAGGCAACAUAUGUUGGUGGUUCUAAGGCUUACUCCAUAAAACCUGAAGAUAAAAAUGAAUAGCACAUACAAGUUCCGGCCAGGAUGAUUGAGAAAGAUUCAACCAAUUUGAACCGCGACGACAAUUAUGCUGUAUUUGGAUACAUAAAAUGGAAACUGUUAGUGCCAGCCAAGAAGCGCGAUAUGCUAACUGAACUUGGCUGGCAUCACUUUUAUAACGAGUCUUGAAACUGUUAUAAAGGAAUGUGUAAAUUUUAUUAGUGAAAUUGUGUAACUUUGCUGUACUGGAAUGUAAAUGUUUUAAA